AUGGCCUUCGCCGCUGUUUUUCCCUGCCAAAACAUACCUUAUCGUUGUCGCUUCAACCUAACUGCCCUAACCAAUGUAAGAUCACCAAUCUACAGGAGAAACCUACAAAUACCCAGAGGAAAGGAAGUUGUCCCUGAACCUAUUUUUGGAACAAGAAAUGCAGGAAAAUAUGUCAUCAGCCACCGGUGGAGGCCCCAGAUCACACCUCCAGCAGUAGCAGCGAACUCGGAGUCCAGCUUUGAGAUUCUUUCCUUGUCAGAUGUUGUGAAGAAAUUUUACAGGUGCAUCAAUGAAGGCGACAGGAAGGGGCUAGAAGAUCUCAUCUCCAGCAACUGUCGCCUUGAGGAUUCAACUUUCCCCUAUAUUAUCCAGGGGAAGAAGGAAGUCAUGAGCUUGUUUAUUCAGCUCGCUGAGUCUAUGGGCGAAACUGUGCAUUUCAAACUAGGAACUAUUUGUGAAGGAGAUGAACUCACAGCUUCUGUGAAUUGGCAUUUGGAGUGGAAGAACGAUCAAAUACCAUUCUCCAGAGGUUGCAGUGUUUUUCAGUGCUCAAAUGAAGACGGCAGACUUGUAAUAAUGAACGCUCAGAUCAUAACAGAGUCACCCAUAAAACCGGCAAAAUUAGCCAUGACACUGCUGAAGACGGUGACAUCACUUAUCAAUGAAUUCCCAGAUGCAGCAAAAUGUAAGCAAAUACUUUUAACUUCCAUAAUGUGCAAACCAUAUGUUAUACUACACAAGCAUCAUACUUACAUAUGUGACACAUUUAGGGUUCCUAAAGAGUCCACACAUCAUACUCAAAGCAGUGUUGAAUAUAUACAAUCUAUGCUUAGCUCCGGUGGUGAACCCAGUUCUAACAUUCUACAUCACCCUAUGGAGAAUUGUUGCUCGAACACUUGGAUACGGGAUAAGCUUUCUGCACAUCAUUGCAAGAUUUUUCAAUAA